AUGACUAAGUGGCAAAUGAUCCUUUCCGAAUUCGAUAUUGUCUUCACAACACAAAAGGCAGUCAAGGGUCAACUUAUAGCAGAUCAUUUGGCAGAAAAUCCAAGAGAUGAUGAUUAUCAGCCAUUGCAUACCUACUUUCCUGAUGAAGAAAUCCUGUUCGUUGGAGCAGUUGAGGACAUGAGUGAGCAGUAUCCUGGAUGGAGGUUAUUUUUCGACGGUGCGUCAAACUCUUUUGGAGCUGGAAUUGGAGCAGUUUUAGUGUCGCCUGAAGGGAAACAUUAUCCUGCUACUGCCAAAUUACAGUUUCCGUGUACUAACAACAUGGCUGAGUAUGAAGCUUGUAUUUUUGGAUUGAAACUGGCAUUGGACAUGGAGAUCAAAGAUCUGAUAGCAUUCAGUGAUUCCGAUUUACUUGUGCACCAGACGCUUAAACAGUGGGUAACUCGGGAUUCAAAAAUUAUGUUGUAUCAUUGUAACUUGCUUAGUUUGGCUAGCAAAUUCAGGAAUUUGGAACUCAGACACAUUCCCCGCACUCAUAAUGCCUUUGCUGAUGCUUUAGCUACUCUGUCUUCGAUGAUCCACCAUCCAGAUGAGCUGGUGAUUGAACCUAUACAGAUCCAACUUCAGAAUAGGCCAGCGCAUUGUUUGGUUACGGAAAGGGUCACUGAUGGUCGCUGCUGGUACAAUGAUAUUAAGGAAUUCAUGAAAACGGGAUCCUACCCUCCUGAUACUGACUCUGUUGCAAAAAGUUUCUUACGCAGAAUGUCUUCAAGGUUCUUCUUGAAUGGAGAAGUGCUAUACAAGAAAACAUCUGAUUUAGGCCUUCUGAGAUGCAUUAAUGAAGAGGAAGCCGAUUAUAUGAUGAAGGAAGUGCAUAGCGGGAUUUGUGAGCCACACAUGAAUGGGCAUCUACUGGCUAAGAAGAUCAUGAGAACAGGAUAUUUUUGGCUUACCAUGGAGCAAGACUGUGUAGAUUUUGUUAGAAAGUGUGUUAAGUGUCAAAUGCAUGCUGAUGUUAUACUUGCUCCUCCUACAGAAUUGCAUAGUAUGACUGCUCCAUGGCCAUGUUCGAUCUGGGGAAUGGAUGUGAUCGGAACUAUUGAUCCUCCUGCUUCAAAUGGGCAUCGAUUCAUCUUAGUGGCAAUUGAAUAUUUCACCAAAUGGGUUGAGGCCGCAUCCUAUAAGCAUGUGACUAAGAAGUGGUGUCGGAUUUCUUGA